AUGCACAGCGUCACCGUUGUGUGCCUCAGCGUGGUGCUGGCGUUGCUCCUGCUGCUGUGGCUGAAAAUCUCGAACCUUGCCGGGACGUCCGUUCGCAGCGACGUCCUGCUUGUAUUGGCACACCCCGACGAUGAGGCAAUGUUUUUCACCCCACUUCUGCAUUCGUUGCGGGCACAGCGGGUCACGGUACAUCUUCUGUGCCUGUCCAAUGGCAACUACGCUGGGAUGGGAAAGGAACGCGAAAAGGAGCUCUAUGCCAGUGGUGCUUUCUUCGGAGUGCAGCGACGCAACAUUCGAGUCGUCGACCACACCGACUUGCAAGACGGUAUGGGUAACGUCUGGAGUCCGCUGGUAAUUCGCAGGGAAGUCGAGUCGUACAUGCAGAAAGCCGGUAACAUCAGCACCAUUGUUACGUUUGACAAGUAUGGUGUCUCUGGCCAUCCUAACCACAUUGCAGUUCACAAUGGUGUGCGGGGGCUCAAAGAAAACAUGCCUCCAGGGCUCCUCCACCUGCAGCUCAGAUCACGCAGCCUUUUGUUCAAGUACGUAGGACUGCUGGCGGUUCUCCCUUACGUCCUGUGGUCAUCCACAAGCGCUAGUCGCACGAGCUUUGUCGCCGUCAUUCCACCCGCAUCAGCCUGGGAGAGCAUGGCCGCCAUGCGCAAGCACGCCAGCCAGUUUGUCUGGUUUCGCUACUUGUUUGUAAUUUUCUCUUCGUACACCUACGUGAAUGAGAUCGAAGAGCUCUAG